CAAAAGUUGGUAUAGAUUCUCAUUGGGAUCCAAGAGGUCGAAUAUCAAACAGCUUAAUGUUAUUUGAUAAUUUCUUUGGAUUUGAGAUACCAAGUGUUGAGUUACCUCUUCAUCAAGAAAUUGGUCCUAUUCUAUCUGACACUUUUCCUAUUAUUACUCCUGAAAUUGAUUCAUUCCUUACUACUCACCCUCGAACAUUAUACUUUGCACUCGGAACGAAUGUAUAUAUACCCCCACAGAGUACUUUUACUCUCUUAAAAUCUUUUCAGAAGUUAAUCGAUCAAAAUAUUAUUGAUGGAAUUAUAUGGGCUACUUCAAGAACGAAUACCUCGGAACUACUUUUAUCAAAUGAAUUUGAUCUUCCAAUAUCCAAGAUUUUAAAUAAUGAACACCCAAAUUUUCGUCAUGGUGGUGCUUCUAGCUGUCAUGAAUCUAUCUAUAAUGCAAAACCAAUAUUAAUACUUCCUAUAAUGAGUGAUCAAUUUGGAAACGCCGAAAAAUUAGAAAUUACUGGUAUGGCUUUAAGACUUUCAAAAUUUAAUUUGGAUAUUGAUGAUAUAAUAUUAAAGGUUAAAAGAUUAUUAAAUGAAAAAA